UUUCAACUGACACAGACAGAGUGAGGGAAAACGGUUCGGGAGCAGCCGGGCAGGCAGCCGUCCAGUGGAAAAAAAACUCUCACAGCCCACCAGAGCCUGACACACUUUCCAGUUUGCCGUCGGCGGCAGUGUUGAGUUUGUCACAUUGUUUGAUUUUGGUUUCUCGCUUAAACCGAAGCCCUCUCUUUUUUUUUUUUAGUACUGCAGAUCAGGCCGAGUAAUAUCGGAUGUGAUGUCCAGCUCGCCGCUGUCCAAGAAGCGCCGCUUGUCAGGAACAGAGACGAAGACGGGAUCCCACUGCUCCUCCUCUAACUCUGUCAGAACUGAUCUGUCCCACACACCUGCCAACGGCAUGGCUAAGAAUGGCAAUGAUGCUGAGAUUGAUGAAGGCCUGUACUCCAGACAACUCUAUGUGCUGGGCCAUGAGGCCAUGAAGCGCAUGCAGAACUCCAAUGUCCUUAUUUCUGGAAUGAGAGGACUUGGAGUAGAGAUUGCCAAGAAUGUCAUCCUUGGGGGAGUUCGAAGUGUCACUGUACACGAUCAUGGAGUUGCAGAAUGGAGAGACCUCUCUUCUCAGUUUUACCUUCGAGAGGAGGACCUGGGGAAGAACAGGGCAGAUGUGAGCCAGCCUCGCUUGGCUGAACUGAACAGCUAUGUUCCUGUGACCACCCAUACUGGAGCAUUAACUGAAGACUACCUGACCAAGUUCCAGGUCGUAGUACUGACUGACUCAACCAUGGAUGAGCAAAUCCGUUUGGGGGAGUUCUGCCACAGCAAAAGCAUCAAGCUGGUCAUUGCAGACACCCGUGGUCUGUUUGGCCAACUCUUCUGUGACUUUGGAGAGGAAAUGAUGGUAUAUGAUACCAAUGGAGAGCAGCCACUGAGUGCCAUGAUCUCUAUGAUCACCAAGGACAAUCAAGGGGUUGUGACAUGUCUUGAUGAAGCCCGUCAUGGCUUCGAGAGUGGAGACUAUGUCACUUUUACAGAGAUUCAGGGUAUGACGGAGCUAAACGGUUGUAAGCCAGUGGAAAUUAAAGUUCUAGGUCCAUAUACCUUCAGCAUCUGUGAUACAACUGGCUUCACAGACUAUGUGAGAGGAGGAAUUGUUUCACAGGUUAAGAUGGGCAAGAAGAUCAAAUUUAAAUCCAUCUCCUCAUCCACGGCCGAGCCAGAGUUUGUGUUGACCGAUUUUGGCAAGUUUGAGCGUCCAGGGCAGCUGCAUUUGGGCUUCCAGGCUAUCCAUGCCUUCCAGAAGAAACACAACCGCCUUCCUACACCAUGGGGCAAGGCUGAUGGUGAGGAGCUAUUGACUUUGUCCAAGGAGCUGAACUCUGCUCAGACAGGUUCUGCCAAGGUGGAGGAGCUGGAUGAAGCUCUUAUCAAAAAGUUGUCAUAUUUAGCUGCUGGGGAUCUUGCCCCUAUCAAUGCCUUCAUUGGGGGUAUCGCUGCACAAGAAGUAAUGAAGGCAUGUACAGGGAAAUUUAUGCCUGUAAUGCAGUGGCUGUACUUUGAUGCCUUGGAGUGCCUGUCUGAAGAGGAAGUCGUGCUCACAGAAGAAGAGUGUGCCCCUAGGAACUCCCGAUAUGAUGGGCAGAUUGCAGUAUUUGGCACCAAGCUCCAGGACCUGCUUGGCAAACAGCGCUACUUCCUGGUUGGAGCUGGUGCCAUUGGCUGCGAGUUGUUGAAAAACUUUGCCAUGAUUGGACUGGCUGGCGGGGAGGGUGAGGUGAUUGUGACUGACAUGGACACCAUAGAGAAAUCCAAUCUCAACAGACAGUUCCUCUUCAGACCAUCCGACGUUACGAAAAUGAAGAGCGAUACAGCUGCUGCAGCGGUAAAGAAGAUGAACCCAUCCAUCAGGAUCACAGGUCAUCAGAACAGAGUUGGCCCUGACACGGAGAGGGUUUAUGAUGAUGACUUCUUUGAAAGCCUCGAUGGAGUCACCAAUGCGUUGGACAAUGUUGAUGCACGUAUGUACAUGGACCGGCGUUGUGUAUACUACCGUAAACCCUUGCUGGAGUCUGGUACCUUGGGUACCAAAGGCAAUGUCCAAGUCGUGAUCCCAUUCGUGACAGAGUCAUACAGCUCAAGCCAAGACCCACCGGAGAAGUCAAUCCCCAUCUGUACCCUCAAGAACUUUCCAAAUGCCAUUGAGCAUACACUGCAGUGGGCUCGUGAUGAGUUUGAGGGACUGUUCAAGCAGCCACCAGAAAAUGCCAUGCAGUACCUCACAGACCCUAAGUUUAUGGAGCGUACACUGAAGUUACCAGGAGCUCAGCCUUUGGAGGUGCUAGAGGCCGUGUACAAGUGUCUUGUCACAGACUGCCCGCACAGCUGGGACGAGUGCGUAGCCUGGGCUCGCAACCACUGGCAGUGCCAAUAUAGCAACAACAUCCGUCAGCUAUUGCACAACUUUCCCCCAGAUCAGCUCACCAGCUCAGGUGCCCCCUUCUGGUCUGGCCCAAAGAGGUGUCCUCACCCCUUAGACUUCAGCACUAGUAAUGAGCUGCACAUGGAUUAUGUAAUGGCAGGUGCAAACCUUUUUGCUCAAAUGUACGGCCUAAGAACCAACAAUGACCGUGAAGGUGUGGUCAAGAUCUUGCAGGAGAUCAAUAUCCCACCUUUUACUCCUCGCUCAGGGGUUAAAAUCCAUGUCUCUGAUCAGGAACUGCAAAAUAGCAAUUCCUCUGUUGCAGACGACUCCAAACUGGAAGAGAUGAAGUCUCAGUUGCCUUCUUCAGAGACUUUCGCGUUCAAACUCAACCCCGUCGACUUCGAAAAGGAUGACGACGCCAACUACCACAUGGACUUCAUCGUGGCAGCUUCCAACCUGAGAGCAGAGAACUACGACAUUCCGCCUGCAGACAGACACAAGAGCAAAUUAAUUGCUGGCAAGAUCAUUCCAGCCAUCGCCACUACUACAUCUGCAGUGGUUGGGUUGGUGUGCUUGGAGCUCUUCAAGAUUAUCCAGGGACACAAGAAGCUGGAGUCGUUCAAAAACGGCUUCAUGAAUUUAGCUCUACCUUUCUUUGCCUUCUCUGAGCCCAUUGCUGCUCCAAAACACAAGUACUAUGAAAUUGACUGGACUCUGUGGGACCGCUUUGAGGUGACAGGGCUGCAACCAAAUGGGGAGGAGAUGACACUCCGACAGUUCCUGGAUUACUUUAAAAAUGAGCAUAAGUUGGAGAUCACGAUGCUUUCUCAGGGAGUGUCCAUGCUCUAUUCAUUUUUCAUGCCUGCUGCCAAACUUAAAGAAAGACUGGACCUACCGAUGACUGAGAUUGUGACCAAAGUGUCCAAAAAGAAGCUAGGCAAACAUGUCAAAGCCCUGGUGUUUGAGCUGUGCUGUAACGACCUGUCAGAUGAAGAUGUGGAAGUGCCCUAUGUUAGAUAUACCAUUCGCUGAGCUUCACAGGGUCCACCCACAGGAGGGUGGCAUUUGGUGGGGGGGUGCAAGGGAAGGGUGUGUACUUGGGUUGUGUUGGGACUAGGGGUGGGUACCUCAAUCCAAGUCGGCUUUAUUGGAUCAAUCAGUUUCUUUUUUAGGCCUGUGGUUUGUAAAAACCUACGCCUGACUGUAUAUAGUCCCAGUAAGUUGACAUAAGGAAACCUGUAAGUGUGUUAGGGAUCCAGUUGGUGCUUGGCUGUGGGAAGAGGGAUGUCUUUGGAGGAAGGGAGCCCGUAACCUGGAUAUCCUAAAGUUUCUCAGUAGUAGAACCUCUACACUUAAAUAAGCAUUGGUGGUUUCUGUGUUUUUAAAAGCCCAACUGAGUCCAUAUGUACAGUGACAUCCUCACCGUCUUGAGAAAUAAAUGGGGGAUUUUCGAUCCAGCCCAACACCUGUCGUCCACUCUACUUGCCUUUUUUCCUCCUCCAACCCUCGUCUUGUAGACGCAGUUUCUUUUUCCCAUUUUAUUUCCUUGAAUGAUACACCUCAUUAAUUAAAACACGGUCAUCCCAUAAGACUGAAAAAAAAUCCAAGUUGAUGGCCUUUCCUGAAUGAAUAUCCAAAUAUAUCGCACUGGCAAUAGUUUCCUUCCUGUCUGAGGCACCCCUAAACCCUCAACACAGCACAGUGAUGCUUUCAAGAUGCUCUUGCACUAAUUUUGUUUUUCUUCCUUUAUAUUACGUGUUUUGUUAAAUUUUAUUUUAUUUUAGGGAGGGAGGCAGGGGUUUACAGUUUUGGCACACACCUUGCAGAUCAUUCUUUUUACUUUAACUCCAAAUGACAGUGUAAGAGUGAGGCAUUGAGAUGGAUCUUGAAAUGGGAGCACUUAGUGUGGUAGUGAAUAAACAUGUUAAAAUAAA